AUGUGGGAAGAGCGCAUGACGACGCGCGUCUUCUGGGCGGCCGUCGUGGCCUUUCGUCUAUGGAACGCGCUGUUCGUGCGCACGUUCUUCAACCCGGACGAGUACUGGCAGAGCACAGAGGUGGCGCAUCGCCUGGUCUUUGGCUACGGACACCUUACUUGGGAGUGGAGCGACGAUGCUCAGCUGCGUGGGUUUGCGCACCCGGGUAUCUUCGCGGGCCUCUACAAGCUGCUGCAGCUUUUGGAUGUGGACUCGCGAUGGGCAGUGGCGUACGGUCCGCGGCUGCUGCAGGGACUUUUGGCGGCUGCCAACGACUUUUUCCUGUACAAGCUGGCGUGGGCUUACGUUGGUGCAAAGGCGGCCAAGUGGGCGCUGUUUUGUCAGCUGUUUUCGUGGUUUACCUUCUACGUCAUGGUGCGGCCAUUCUCGAAUUGUGUCGAGACCGUGUGCACGACAGCUGCGCUGGCAUUGUGGCCGUGGAAGUUUCUGGAAGAUGGAGCCGCGUCGAAGAAAUGCAGUGAUGCAAACCCAGUGAAGCGCAGCCACCGCGCGCUAUCCCUCAUGCUCGCAGCGCUAGGUGUGCUGUUUCGUCCGACAAGUGUCGUCAUCUGGCUGUAUCCUGGAGUUAUGCACUUGUUGCAGAGUCGCGAUCGAGCGCAUCUUGUGUUCGGCGUUGUGUUGCCGAUUGCGAUUGUCACUUUGUUGGCGAUGUUGUGCAUCGAUCGUCUCGGAUAUGGCGAGUGGACGUUUGUGCCUUACAAUUUCUUCAAGUUUAACGUCCUCGAGGGCAAGGAUAAGCUUUAUGGCGAGCACCCGUGGAGUUGGUAUUUCUUGCAGGGUUAUCCAGCCAUUGUGGGCACGGCAUUGCCUAUUGCGCUUGUUGGAUACCUCACGAUCCCGUCCUCGAAGAAAGACCUCGGGCGCACGAUCAUGUCGGCUCUCUUCGUGUACAGUUAUGCUUCCCACAAAGAGUUCCGAUUCGUUCUUCCGCUGCUUCCGCCUGCGUUCGUGUAUGCUGGGUAUUGCUUGCGCAACCUAGAGCGGAGACUCUAUUUUCAGCUUCGUGAAAAAACGCAAUGGAACCUUCUGCGACUUGCUGCUGUCGUGGUCAUUGUGCCAAAUCUUCUCACUGCCUGCUAUCUUUCUCGGAGCCACCAGCGUGCCCCAGAGGAAGUGAUGGAUUACCUCGCGGACCGCAUUCAACAGACCCCCGAAGCUACAGUCCACUUUUGGACUCCUUGCCAUGCAACGCCUUACUACAGCUAUCUGCAUCAGAAUGCUUCCAUGUGGUUUCCGGACUGCUCACCAGCCAAUCGUGCGCGUACUGAGGGCAGUGAGUCGUCUCAGCUGGAACGCGACCCGAGGCGUUUCGUCACGAAACUUUACCAUUUGUCGCCACCGGACAGUCGUGUCAGCGAUUCUGCAUUCCUGGAGCUUCCAACGUACGUCGUGACGUACUCUACGAUUGCUGCCAAAACCGAAUCGCUUCUAGCUCACAUGCGCUUUGUCGAGGCAGCCGCAUUCCUCCACAGCGAUGUGAGUGGCGACGCAGAUUCCACCGAAGUCGUGUCGAGCAUGCUGGUGUUCAAGCGGAUGGCGUAA